GGAAAGAAGAUUUUCUCUAUGUAUAUAAAGAUGGCCACGUUAGCAAACGGACAACCAGACAAUACCAGCCUGAGUAGCAAUCACAGCAACCCCAGCACCAACGGGCAUAUGAACGGAUUAAACCAUAGUCCCGGAAACCCAUCCACCAUCCCAAUGAAGGACCACGAUGCCAUUAAGCUCUUUAUUGGGCAGAUCCCCCGUAACCUGGACGAGAAAGACCUCAAACCGCUCUUCGAGGAGUUCGGGAAGAUCUAUGAACUGACGGUGCUGAAGGACAGGUUCACUGGCAUGCACAAAGGCUGUGCCUUCCUAACAUACUGCGAAAGGGAGUCUGCUCUAAAGGCCCAGAGCGCACUGCAUGAACAGAAGACACUGCCGGGGAUGAACAGACCGAUCCAGGUGAAGCCAGCGGACAGCGAAAGCCGAGGAGAAGACAGAAAACUCUUUGUGGGCAUGCUCAAUAAGCAGCAGUCGGAAGACGAUGUGCGCAGGCUAUUUGAGGCGUUUGGCAACAUCGAGGAGUGCACAAUCCUUCGGGGACCCGAUGGCAACAGCAAAGGGUGUGCAUUUGUGAAAUACUCUUCACAUGCAGAGGCCCAAGCUGCCAUCAACGCCUUGCAUGGCAGUCAGACAAUGCCGGGAGCCUCUUCAAGCCUGGUGGUGAAGUUUGCGGACACGGACAAGGAGCGUACGAUGAGGCGCAUGCAGCAAAUGGCAGGACAAAUGGGCAUGUUCAACCCCAUGGCCAUCCAGUUUGGAGCUUAUGGCGCCUAUGCACAGGCACUGAUGCAGCAGCAAGCGGCGAUCAUGGCGUCGGUGGCGCAGGGUGGAUACCUGAACCCCAUGGCCGCCUUCGCUGCGGCCCAGAUGCAGCAGAUGGCGGCUCUGAACAUGAACGGCCUGGCAGCCGCCCCCAUGACUCCAACCUCAGGUGGAAGCACGCCUCCUGGAAUAACUGCACCAGCUGUGCCUAGCAUCCCAUCUCCAAUUGGGGUGAAUGGUUUCACUGGCCUCCCGCCGCAGGCUAAUGGGCAGCCAGCCGCUGAAGCCGUGUUUGCUAAUGGCAUUCACCCUUAUCCAGCACAGAGCCCCACUGCAGCAGACCCCUUGCAGCAAGCCUACGCUGGAGUGCAGCAGUACGCAGCUGCUUAUCCUGCUGCUUAUGGCCAGAUUAGCCAAGCGUUCCCACAGCCACCUCCCAUGAUCCCACAGCAACAGAGAGAAGGACCAGAGGGCUGUAACCUGUUUAUCUACCAUCUGCCCCAGGAGUUUGGGGAUGCUGAGCUGAUGCAGAUGUUCCUGCCUUUCGGUAAUGUCAUCUCCUCGAAAGUGUUUGUGGAUCGGGCGACAAACCAAAGUAAAUGCUUUGGUUUUGUGAGUUUUGACAAUCCUGCCAGUGCCCAAGCUGCUAUCCAGGCCAUGAAUGGAUUCCAGAUUGGCAUGAAGAGGCUGAAGGUGCAGCUGAAGAGGCCAAAGGAUGCUAAUCGUCCCUACUGAAGGGUUGUGGGAACCACUGGAUACAAAGCACUAGCACAGGCAUCACUUCAGUCGUUGUUACAGUGGAAAUGGUCCCAUCUAGCUGCCAAUACCAACAUCUGAGCCUGAGAUCAUCACUGUUUGGGUCAGCAGAGCUCUAGUCAUCAGACCUGACUGCAUCAUCAGAUUGCAUGCACAAAACCCGUGACAAAGACCAGCACUGAGGUCCAUACCCCAAACCUUCACUUCCUCCUUGAGUGCUGCAGCUAUGAGUCUGCUCCUUUCUGCUCUUCUUGGCUGCAGACUGAGAUGCAACAUUGAACUGUCCACCUGAACUGACCCCUUCUCAGAGGAUUUGAUACCAAGGUGUGUGAAACUGCAUCCAAGUGCUUCCCUCCACAUGCCAGCGUUGGCAGAAAAGCAGAGGGGAGUCAGAACACGUAAGCAUACAGAGAGGAAAGGAGGUCUUUGCUCUUGGCAUUGGGGGCUUAACAGAGUUGCUGAGAGUCCAAGUGGAUCCACUCAGCAGUUUUGGAUCACCUGCAGACCUCAGCCUCACAGAAGAAGGAAGCAGGGGGAUAAUUUUGCUGGAUCUCACCUGUAUCUAAGUUCUAGGCAGUGAAUGAAGGAAACACCUAAAUUCCUGUCCAGCCAGUGGGGAGGAACAGCUGCUUUUCAAGGCUUCAGAGAGACAACUUUUACUGAAACUGUCAGAUUGGGUCAUGAAAAAAAACACCCUCUCAGAUGGCUGGCUGGCAAAUGCCACUGCCCCCACCAGGCCACCAGCUACCUAAAACACAGUUGCAAGCCAGGUGCCUAAGCCAGGCACACCUGCUAACGUUCAACUCUUGUAUUUUAACCUCAAGAGAAGCUCUUGUUACGGUGAAAUAUAUGAGGCAGCAGACCAUGGCAGCAGAGCUAAAGCCCAUAGAUCACAGAGUUAAAUAUUCUACUGUGGGCUGAAAGUGAGAGCACACAGUUUCAGCCCAUGUGUUGGUUGAAGUUAUGAGCACGCGAGAAAAGGGGAUUUAUAAUGAGAAUGGCAAUUCAACCUCAAUUAUAGUGCACGACUGUCUGCACACUAUAAACUGAAGGUUUAAUAAUGAGGCAAGAAGGCUGAAGGAGAGAAUUUCAUUGUGUCUGUUUCACAGCCUGGAAUUCUUACUAAAUUCAUCAGAUUACUCGAGUUCUCCUGACAACUGUAGCAGUAUAACUAAUUUUAAAGGGGUUUAUUGUAUAUUCAGACUGCAACAGAAGAUAUGGGCAGAGAAAACCCCAUAGCAAAAGAGAACUCCAGAUUGAGGACUAUAAUGUAUAUGAGAUUUGAAAGAAGUAAGUGCUAAAAGAUGUAGACAGCAG